CACAGACCAUAGACUGUUAAGAAUAGUGUAUAAUUUAAAGUACAAUGUGAAGAAGGACAGAAAAUCAUUUGGCCAUAAGAAAGUUCAGCUCACCUGCAUAGAAAAAGAAACGAUCAAACGCAAAUUUUCUGAAAUACGGGAAAGUUAUAGUACGGAAGGUAAAAACACUGAACAAAAAUAUACAGAUUUAACGUUACAAAUUAAAGAAAUUAUCAACCAACUACCAAAACUAAAGGAAAAAUCAGAAAAUGAAAUUAUAUUUAAUGACUAUGUAAGAGAACUAAUUCAGGAAAAAUUAUACUUAAAAUCUAAGAAGCACAGAUCGAAGGAAGAAAGGAAAAGAUUAACAAAACUCUAUCAUAAAAUAAAAGAAAUAAUAAAAAAGAAAAAAUAUCAACUAAAGUAUAAAAUCAUUGAAGAAGAACUUAAAGAUAGAGGCUCAGUCAAACGGUCAGAAAAACGUUUGUCGAAACAUAGAGACUGGAUUACCUCACUGAAAGCAUCCACAGGAGACAAAAUUAGUAAAAGAACAGGAUUACUUAAACUAGCGACGAUGUACUAUGAAAACCUCUACAAAAACUCUGACAUAAGCCCAACUUGCAUCGACAACAACAUCGGUCACAAAGAAUAUAUAGAAAAUAUCCCGGCUUUAACUCAAAGUGAAAUAAGAACAGCGGGAUUGAACGGGCGUUUCGGCAGCACGCGUGCACUUCUGCUAUUGAUACGGCGGCUGGCGUCGUGUACGGCCGUCCUUAGUGGAGGUGUAGCGAUGGUUGUGGAA